CUUCCCACCCCCGGUGCCGCCUCCCGAGGGCUCGGACGUUCCCGCCGGGUUCGUCGCUCCCUGGAGCUUCGCGGGACCGAACGGAUCGAACCGGGCCGGGCCAUGAGCCCGACGUGCGCCGGAGCGCUGCGCUGCGCGGUGUUUUGCGCGGUUCUUUGCGCGGUUCUGUGCGCUCACGGAUCCACCCGCGCAGAGUGCAGGGAGCUGCUGUCCUGUGAGCUGUGCACGGCCGCCCCUCCAGCACCCAACGGCACCGGCUGCCUCUGGGGGGGCUGUGGGGCACCAGAGACAUGGAGCUGCAUGCACAGCGGGGCGGCUGCGCGGGACUCGUGUGUGCUCUACAACAGCAGCGCCCUGUGCCCAGCAGCACUGAAAUCCCCCACCAAAGAGCCACCAAGGUUCCCUAGCAAGGAGCCGGUAACGAGAUCCCCACGGAGCAGCACCACGCGUGCCCCGCUGACGGGCAGCCCCGAGUUGGAGCCUCCGGGCUUUGACACGGCCAGCUUCGUGGGCGGGAUGGUGCUGGUGCUCAGCGUGCAGGCCGUGCUCUUCUUCAUCCUCAAGUUCAUCAAGUCCAAGGACAGCAGCUACCAGACGCUAGAGGACAACCAGUAGGUGCCGAGCGCUGCCAGCGGAUGGGGAGGGGGCUGCUCUGCCCCACAGCCCCCCCUGUGGGGAGGGGCUCACUCCCACCUUCCUGCUCUGCAUGGCGGGGGGUUCUCUGCUGUUUGCUGUGCACUGACCCCAUACCCCCGGCCCUUCUGUCGUGUCCCCAUGGAGGCGGCGGGCAGCCCCCGCCCCAUUGAGCCCCUCGCUGUGGUGGGGGCUGCAGCCCUAUUAGCACCCAGCAGCGUGGAUCCCCCUCCCACCCCCCACUGCACCGUGUGGGGGGUCCCCUCUUUGUUCUGGCUCCAUCAUCCCGGUGCCAUCACAUCCCGCAGGGUCCCGGCCCCACACGCUGCCCCCUCCCACCCCCCCCAUCCCUGAGACCCCUCUGUCCCCAUUGUGUGUGUGUCCCCCCCAACCUGCAGGAGCAGAGCCGGGACCUCGCUGUGUGCUUGUGUUGUGCCUUUGUGUUCCUGGGUUGGGGAUGGGGGGGGGGACACGAUGGAUACGGAGACCCCUGUGUGCCCCCCCUCCCCCUGUGUGCUGUUUUGGGUUGGGGGCUGCGUGCUGUGUGCUGUGGGCUGAGCUUUGUCGCUCCCGUUGCCCCCAUUAAACUCUGCCGGGUGGUGUCCGUGUGUCGGCACAUCGUGUCCGGGGGGGGGGGAUAAGGGGCCUGGAAGUGGGGGGGUUAAAGCCUGCAGAGCUCCUGUGCCCCCCAUCCCUCCCCUGCAGCAGCUCCCAUCCCCCCCCCCAUAUCCCAGAUGUGGGUCGCCCCCCUCCCCCAUGGGUGGGGGCAGUGGGAUGGUUGCUGUGCCCCCCCCCGGCCCUUCCUGCUGUUCACUCUUCUCUAUCUGCUGCUUCAGGGUCUGAGCUCAGGGCGAUGCUCCCCUCACUCCCCCAGGGAGGUGGAGAAGAGGCCACCUCUGUGUCCCCAUCCCAAAGACCCCCCCGCCCCCAACAGCUUUGGGACCCCACCUGCACCACCACUAUGCAAAGCUGGCUCUGCUCGGGGGGGGGCUGCACCUGGGGAUGGGUCGGGGGGUGUCACUGAGUCUGAUGUCCCCAGUGUGACAUGAGAUGCUGCUGGGGUGUUCCCAGUGCUCCUCAAUGGGGUGGGGGGGUUCAUCCAGCCCCACACAGCCCCCCCCAGGAGGAAGCAAUGGGGGUAGGACGAUGGGGGCUGUUUGCCCCCCAACGAGGGCUGGCACAGGGGGGCAGAGACCCAAUAAAGGACUUUCCUCCCA